UGCAGGUGUCGGUUAGUAUGAAAAAUGCUGUGCCUGCGACGAGUUCAGCGAUCGGGUGCACUGCGUCAGCUUCGCUUGUUCAGUGGCCAGCCGCAAGGCGAUGUCCUUCCCAAGAGCUGCGAAGUCCUGAUCAUCGGUGGCGGUGGCAUGGGCGCCUCCUCCGCUUUCUGGCUCAAGUCCCGGGCCCUGCAGCUGGGCCGCAAGCUCAAUGUGCUGGUGGUGGAGCGCGAUGCUGGAUACACCAGCGCUUCUACAGUUCUCUCUGUGGGCGGAGUUCGCCAGCAGUUCUCCCUGGCCGAGAACAUAGAGAUGUCGCUCUUCGGCUACAAUUUCGUGGUUAACUGCGGCGAGCAUCUGGGCGAUGUGGAUCUGUGCUACCAGCCGAACGGCUACCUGAUCCUGGCCUCCGAGAAGGGAGCCCACAUCCUGGCUCAGAACUCUAGACUGCAGAACAAGCUUGGAGCUCGAAACGAGCUGCUUGGCCCGGAGGCACUGCGUCAGCGGUUUCCGUGGUUAUCCACAGAGGGCGUGGAGUUGGGAUGCCACGGUAUAGACAAGGAGGGAUGGUUUGAUCCGUGGGCCCUGCUCAUGGGCUUCAAGAAGAAGGCCCGUGCUCUGGGCGCGAAUUUUGCGAACGGCUCAGUGGUGGGUUUCGAGUGGAACGAUUCGGGCGCCCUUUCUGGAGCUGUGGUCGAUGACGGAGAUGGAGUUCAGCGGACGGUGAGGUUUGACACAUGCGUCCUGGCAGCGGGAGCUCACUCGGGUCAGGUGGCGCGUCUGGCAGGGAUUGGUGAUAAGGGAGCAAAGGAGGCUUCCCUGAAAGUGUCCUUGCCGGUGGAGCCUCGCAAGCGAUACGUCUAUGUGCUCAGCACUCAAGGGCGGAAUUGUCCUGGGCUAGCCACACCUCUGACCGUCGAUCCGGAUGGCACCUACUUUCGGCGGGACGGACUUUGUGGUAACUUCCUGUGCGGGCGCAGUCCGAACGAAGACGAGGAGCCCGAGUGCGAAACGCUGGACGUGGAUCAUGGGUACUUUGAAUCGGAUGUCUGGCCCACACUGGCAAACCGAGUACCUGCCUUUGAGUCGGUGAAGAUACAGAGCAGCUGGGCGGGCUUCUAUGACCACAACACAUUUGACGCAAACGGGAUUAUUGGCAGACAUCCUCAUUACAGCAACCUCCUCAUUGCCGCGGGAUUCAGUGGGCACGGCAUUCAGCAGACUCCCGCCGUGGGUCGAGCCAUUUCCGAACUCAUUUUGGACGGCAAGUUUACCACCCUGGAUCUGUCGCGCCUCGGCUUUGAACGACUUGUGAACCAACAGCCUAUGCACGAAGUGAAUAUCGUGUGACAAAUGUAUCGCAGGAGGUUCGUACUUGCUUUUGAUGUAUUUAUGUAUGUACUUCUUUUAUUGCAAUUUCUGUUGUGUAUAUAGUAUUUUGUAUAGUAAAGUUCUCGUUUUAGUAACGUA